AAAACAAGGAAUCAAAUAAAUAAUAAGGAAAACUUUUGACACUCCUCUUUUGCUCGCUGAAGAAUCUCAUGGGUUGUUGUUACUCAUUAUCUUCAACAGUCGAUCCUGUUCAAGACCACACGACCGAUGCUUCUUCUGAACCUAGAAACGGUGGAGGAGAAGAUCCUCCAUUGACAAAAUUCUCUUUCUCCGAUCUCAAGACGGCCACCAAUCAUUUUAGUCCCGAAAACAUCGUUUCAGACCAAACCUCCGAUGUUGUCUUUAAGGGUCGUUUGCAAAACGGUGGUUUCAUCUCUAUCAAGAGAUUUAAUAACAUGGCUUGGUCUGAUCCUAAACUAUUUGUGGAAGAGGCACAAAGAGUAGGGAAGUUAAGACACAAGAGACUCGUAAAUUUGAUUGGAUAUUGCUGUGAUGGAGAUAAAAGGUUUCUUGUUGCAGAUUUGAUGCCAAAUGAUACUCUUGCUAAGCGUUUAUUCCAGCGGAAAAAUCAAACCAUGGAUUGGUCUAUUAGGUUAAGAGUAGCCUGUUGUGUAGCGGAAGCUCUGGAUUAUUGCAACACCUCAGGCUUUGCAUCGUACAGUAAUUUAAGUGCUUACAAGGUUUUGUUUGAUGAGGAUGGUGAUGCAUGUCUUUCUUGUUUCGGCUUGAUGAAGGAGAUCAAUAAUGAUCAAAUAACAACAGGAAGUGUGAACCCUGAAAAUGUGAUAUAUAGAUUUGGUACUCUCCUUGUGAAUCUUCUAAGUGGAAAGCAAAUUCCUCCAAGCCAUGCUCCUGAGAUGAUACAUCGAAAGAAUGUUUUUAAGUUGAUGGAUCCAUACUUGAAGGGGAAGUUCUCAAUAGAUGAAGCUACGGUAGUUUACAAACUCGCCUCUCAAUGUUUGCAGUACGAGGAUCAAGAGAGUCCCAACACAAAAGAGAUUGUUGCAACACUAGAAACCUUGCAAACUAGAACAGAAGCUCCAUCACAUGAAGUUAUUGAAAUGACAAACGACGAGAAGGAGGCAUCAUCGUCAAGUCAUCUAUCGCCACUAGGAGAGGCUUGUUCGAGAAUGGACCUCGAAUCUAUUCAUAAAAUCUUGGUGUUGGCAGGAUAUGAAGAUGACAAGGAUGUCAUCGAGUUAUCUUUCGAAGAAUGGAUACAAGAGGUGAGAGAACUUCAAGAUGUUCGAAGACACGGUGAUCGGGCCUUCGUAGAGGAAGACUUCAAAACUGCCAUCGCCUGUUAUUCUCAGUUCGUUGAGGAAAGGUCAAUGGUAUACCCAAGUGUUUACGCGAGGCGUAGUCUAAGCUAUCUAUUCUGCGAUGAGCCAGAAAAAGCCCUUCUCGAUGGGAUGCAUGCACAGGGAGUGUUCCCUGAUUGGCCAACUGCCUUCUACUUGCAGUCUGUGGCAUUAGCUAAACUCAACAUGAACACUGAUUCUGCUAAUACUUUGAAAGAAGCCGCUCUUCUUGAAGCAGUGAGAAAGAAUCUUUGAUAUUUCAUUUCCUAUUUCUUUUAGGAUUAAAAGUGAAAUUUAAAC